AUGAUAAGCCGAUUGUGUCCAGAAAUCCAAGUUAUUGUUAUCGUUGACAAAGGAUCGGGUCUCGAUAGGUCACUGGCUUUUUUUAGUGGUGGUUGUGGUGAUGGUAGUAGUGAUGGUAGUGGUGAUGGUAGUGGUGAUGGUAGUGGUGAUGGUAGUGGUGAUGGUAGUGGUGAUGGUAGUGGUGAUGGUAGUGGUGAUGGUAGUGGUGAUGGUAGUGGUGAUGGUAGUGGUGAUGGUAGUGGUAAUGGUAGUGGUGAUGGUAGUGGUGAUGGUAGUGGUGAUGGUAGUGGUGAUGGUAGUGGUGAUGGUAGUGGUGAUGGUAGUGGUGAUGGUAGUGGUGAUGGUAGUGGUGAUGGUAGUGGUGAUGGUAGUGGUGAUGGUAGUGGUGAUGGUAGUGGUGAUGGUAGUGGUGAUGGUAGUGGUGAUGGUAGUGGUGAUGGUAGUGGUGAUGGUAGUGGUGAUGGUAGUGGUGAUGGUAGUGGUGAUGGUAGUGGUGAUGGUAGUGGUGAUGGUAGUGGUGAUGGUAGUGGUGAUGGUAGUGGUGAUGGUAGUGGUGAUGGUAGUGGUGAUGGUAGUGGUGAUGGUAGUGGUGAUGGUAGUGGUGAUGGUAGUGGUGAUGGUUGUAGUGUUCACUUAGUUAGUUGA